GUGAUGUGGUCCUUAGGUAUGCAGGGUGUGUGUGUGCUGAUGGGGAGAUGUACUAGGAGCGUGUGAUUGCUCUUCCAUUGCCAUGGUGUGGCAGCAAGCAUCAGCUGGAAGGAGAGCAAUGGAGGCAGCCUGACACUCAGCAGCCUGGGGAGCAGACACAGUCCCAGCACUGGAGAGCUUUCCAGCAGCAGCAGCAGCCUGAGUCUCCUCCAUACACAGCUCUAGAAGAACCAUUACUGGGAGAUGUGAUGCCGAUCUUGCCAUGCAAAUCUCUGCUAAUAUGUGUCCUGCAAUAUAACAUUGGUGAGAGUUCCUUGAUGCAGUGAGCCGCUGAUUACCGAACCACUGACAAGACUUCACCCUAGGAGAAGAAAAGAACAGGGAAGUUUCAACCUCUAAGAAAACUGUUUGGUAAGAAGAAAAAGAAAAAUUCUUCGAUUCGCCUUAAGGAAGGUAAACUGAAGCCCAGUCAUUCUAUCGGCAGUGUCUGCAGCAACUCCGCAUCUGUGCUCUCCUCCGAUGAAGAAGCAUACGAUGAUCUGAGCUUCCUUGUUAGUAGCAUGGGAACAAGAGCGUUUUCCCAUGACAGUAUCUUCAUUCCUGAUGAACAAGCUGAAGAUGACCAGGAAGCUCAGGCCUCAUCGCAAGACUGUGUUGUAGGAAAAGUUAAAUCUCUCCAGCAACAACUGGGCAAAAACAUCCGGUUUGGACAACCGCCCCCAACUGGUACACCAGUCAAGAAAAUGCAAGAUUUGGGUGCGGGCAUAGAGAAAAUGGAGGAAGCAUACCUCAGCCCCAUUGAGGCAUCAGGGGAACGUGAUAUGGGCCUUAUAACUGAGGGACCCAGGGCAAGAUCACUGAGCUCUCACAGCCCACGCAAUGCUCCUGAACCAGAACAUAAAACAGAGGAAAAGGCAACUCCAGUGAAAACAUCACGGCCAAAACGGCCGUCGGGCACAAUUGAUUCCAUAAAUUUGGAUGCCGUUCCUCGGUCUGUUGCACGACUAGAUAACAGUGCUGCUAAACACAAACUUUCUGUCAAGCCAAAAAACCAGAGAGUGUCAAAGAAACAUAGAGGCAUGUCCCAGGACUUCAACACCAUAGAAGACAACGAAAAUGAAAUCACUUUGAAUAUGCAAAGAUCCCUUGACAAAGCCAUGUUCCACUCCAUGGAUAUUCCUUCCCAUAAUAUACUCAUGUCUGAUCAUUUUGAACGAAAAAUCCAUGAAUCCCAAGUAUCUGAGCAAUUUCGAACUUUGGUGACUAAGGGGGAAAAGAAAAUCAAUAAAGAUCAAGAUGGCAAACAGUCAGAUCCCAGUACCAGCAGACAAGUAGUACAAGAAACUAGGCAGCCUGAUGAAGAGAAGAAGUCUGAAGCAGAUAAACGGAAAGAAGAAGAAGAAAGAAAGAGACAGGAGAUCAUUAGAAACAUAGACUUGGAAAGGCUCCAACAGAAAAUAAAUGAAGAAAAUGAACUGAAAGAACAGCGUCGACGUGAAGAAGAGAGAAAACAGAGAGCUGAACAAAUUCUGAAAGAAUUAGAAGAGCAUAGAAGGCAAGAGGAGCAGAAGCAACAUGAGCUGGAGCAGAAGAAAACAUUUCAAUUGGCAGAGGAACAGAAGAAACGGGAGCUGGAGAUACAGAGAGCACUUCAGAUAGCAGAAGAACAAAGAAAACAGGAAAUAGAAAAGCAGAGAGCUAUUCAGUUGGCAGAAGAGCAGAAAAGACAUGAACUAGAGCAGAGAGCCUUGAAGAUAGUGCAAGAGCAGAGGAAAUAUGAACAGGAGAAACAGGAAGCCCUUCAGAUAGGAGAACAGAUAACAAGACAAUCUUUUGAGGAAAGAGGAGUACUUCCGAAAACAGAAGAGAAGAAACAACAUGAAAUAGAUAUGCAAAGGGUUCUCCUGGUUACAGAAGAGAAGAAAAAAUGUGAACUUCAGCAGCAGAAAGACCUUCAGAUGGCAGAAGAACAGAGACAACAUCAGUUAGAGCUAAAAAGAACUCUCCAGAUCAUGGAGGAACAGAAAAAGCAAGAACUGGAAUUGCAGAAAGCAGCACAGCAACAAAAAAAUGUUCAGAUUGGGGAACAAAAAGGUCAGGGAUUGUUGGAGAAGAAGUCUCCCCGGACAGCCGAGGAACAGCAAUUACAGACACCAAAAAGCCAAAGUCAGCAAGUAUCAAAGGAAAUCAUAGACCAUCAGUAUAUAAAAGAGGAAAUGAGAACUGAUAAUCUAAAUAGAACCGAUUGUCAGAAAAAAACAGACUUUCAAGAAAAAAUAAAAUCACAGAAGAAAGAACAACAGAUUCCUGAGGACAUCAAGGAGCUUAUCCGAGAACACCUUCCCCCUCUGUAUACAGAAGCUGCCUUAGCAGAGGAAGAUCUACCUGAAGAGCAAAAAAUGGAGGUGGAAAUUAAAGGAGAUGAGGAAGAACUAAAACUGAGAAAACAAAGGGAAGCAGAGUCUCAAGAGCAGGGAAGAAUUAACGAAGAAGUAAGGUGGCAGGAACUUGACCAAAAGCAGAGGCCAUUUACAUUCAAAGUCACAUCAGGUGAAAAGCAAAUUAUAUUUGAGAAAGUUAAUUUAACUCCAGUUACAGUACCAAAAGAGCCAAUAAUAUCCCCAGGUACACAAGAAGCAAAAGAAAAUAAGGGCACCAUAAGUUCACACUCUCUUUCAUCUGCUCAGUGCAUACCCCACACUGCCAUUUUGGUAACAGGAGCACAGCUUUGUGGUACAGCUGUAAACCUACAUCAUAUUAAGGAUCCUGCUUGUAAGUCUUUACUGGGCCUCAGCGAAGAAAGGAAAUUAGAUAUAACAGAAAACAAAAUGCAGAAAGAUAAGGACAGUACUAAACAAGUCAGUAGUAAGACAAAGUAUACAUCAGAAGCAUUAGACAAUCAGUCAUUCCUAGCAGAAUGGGCUUCCAUAAGGUCUAAAAUACUGAACAAAGUUGAAAAUGCAACUGAUGAAAAGAACCAAAGUAGUCCUUUCGACUCUGGUGAUGACAGGAUGGCUAAGACCAGGGUUGAUUCUCAUAGCAGCUUACGGAAGACAAUGUCAGCUAUCCCUAAAUUCUCAAUAACACCUGCAUGGCAGAAAUUUCCAGAAACUGGAAGAUCAACAGAAAUAAGUAUUGAGACCUCAAUAAAAUCUCCAAGUAAGGAAAAUAUAGCAGUAUUACCUGACAGCACACCUCAGGGCAAGACUGGAGAGAGGACAGUCAUGGCCCCGGAAAUGGUGACCAGAAUUAAAAAGCAAGUUACAAUUGAUGGGAAUGCAGAAGGAUGGAUAUUUUCCAAAGAUCUUCCAUCUUUCUUAGUUCCUAACCCACCACAAUCUCCUCGUUGGGGGCAUUUGGAAGGGCAAAUGUCCCUUGAAACGCAAUUUAGUAAUGGCACUGUGAAAACAGAUAAAUUAUUGCAAAGUGCAGAAGACAAAAACUCUCCAUUUGGAAUCAAAUUAAGAAGGACAAACUAUUCAUUAAGGUUUCAUGCCGAUCCACAGAAUGAACAGAGAAGGAAAAAGCGAUAUAGUGCAGGAGACAGCUUCGAAGGGGUUCCUGCCCCAUUAACUCCAACAGAUGAAACAGAAAUUAGGACUAUAACCAGGAAAGAACUUUUAGGAUCGCCUAUAAAGAUGAAGAAAGACAACCUUACUAAAGAUUUAGUGGAUAACUUAAGCAAUAUAACUGAUAAUGCCCAGUUUAUAGCCCCUUCUAUAGUGUCAGGAUCAAGUCCCAAUGUGUCAUUUCAUAAUAAAGACAGAGUAGUCCCUAAAUCACCAACUAUACAAAAACCAUCCCUUGCUCCAAAACCUGCCAGCCCAACGCCACCAUCUUCUCCAAUUUCACAUCUGGGCAGAACAAAUGUGACUGACCUAUAUGGACAACAGUUGGAAAAAAAUGAAAAGGAUAAAGAAACAAUUGGAGAAAUGAAAUUUUCAUUGUCUUCUCCAAGUCAUGAGGAAGUUGUACAGCAAGAUGCAAAUGAUAAAGCAGAUCUGCCAUCUAUUUCUUUGAGAGAGAAGACGGACAAAAGGCCGGAGAGAUUAGGAAAAGACAGGCCUGUUCUGCAGAGUCGGCAUUCUUUAGAUGGCUCCAGGUUGAUGGAGAAAGUUGAGCCUGCCCAGCCUCAAUGGAUUACACUCGCUCUACAGAAACAGAAAGGAUUUCGGGAGCAGCAGGCAACCAGGGAAGAGAGGCGGCAUACCAGAGAGGCUAAACAAGUGGACAAACUGGCAAAAGAAAAUCCGUCCACUGUUCACACUGGAGAAUACCGGGGCAGAAGUGGCUCACUCCAAAAACCACUACCACAGGAAGAGAAAAAAGGUGACACAGUGGUGACCAGACUACAGCGCAGAGAACAGCUGCAGAAAUCCAACACUCUUCCAACAUCUGUCACAGUUGAGAUUACAGAGACCGUCCCUGUAACUCUUGCGAAGGACCUCCCAAAGAGAUUCUCCACUCCUGAUGCCUCUCCAGUGUCCUCUGAGCCAGCAUGGUUGGCACUAGCCAAGAGGAAAUCAAAAGCAUGGAGCGACUGUCCACAAAUUAUCAAGUAGAUCACCUGUACUAGAUGCAUAGACUCUAUGUCUUUAUAUUUUCUCUGUGUUCCACUAUAUGGUUGAUAGAGAUGCACAGUGAUGGAAGUUCUUUGAAGUCUUACUCAAGAACUAUUAAUAUAGUAUUUAUUAUUUUGGUUAAACGUGAACAAGUAAAUAACCCAGGGCUGAGUUUAUGAUAUACCGGUAGGUAGGUGGAGAAAGUUAUCUUCAAUAGGGCUAUGAAAUAAUAUCCUGAGCAAAUAACCAUAUUUGUUCUUUGGAAUCAAUGAACAGAUCUCACUAUGCCUCUGACUCCACACAGAAAUAUACUGCCUUUUGGCUUGUGUAUAUUGCUGAAUAUAGGAAAAUAAUACAGAUUAGUUUGUAUCAUUGCUUGAAAAAUAGGUGUAAACAACUGCACAAAAUGAAAAUGAUGUCUUCUAUGGACCAAUAUGGCCAAUACAGUUUUGCACUUUUUCUUUAUAUUUUGCACAGAGUGGAUUUAUGUGCCUCUCCUACAUUGCUGUUGACUAUAUGGUGGGUUUAUAAUAUUGUUUCCAGUCACUGUUUGACUGACCAUUAAACCUACCAAACAAUGUGGGCUUAACCCUAAGAGAACCCUUCAGCAUGUCUGACACCAUUGAAAGAGAAAUCCAGAUUUAAAAGCCUUUCCAUAUCAAGUAAUACUAAUUAAUGCAUUUGUAAAUAAUACACGAUUAUGUAUUUGUAAUGUUAAUUUAUUUUGCAAAACACAAUUAUAUUUCGAUCUUCUUUUGGCCACCGGGUCUAUGGCUAUACUUAGCUAAUUAGAUGAAGAUGCCAACAAAUUAGCACUUCUCUAGAAAGAGACAAUUCAAUUUCUUGAGCAAAACAAAAUCCUUAUAAUAAACCUGUUAGGAUAGAAAUAAGGGAUCCACCAUUGCUCUCUUUCACACCCUGGCUUUGCUACUUAGUUAGCCCUAGAUCUGGAACUGGUUGGGCCUUUUCAGACUUCCAUGACAGUGUGCUUGUUUCAGGUAAGUGACACACUAUUUCUCACUAGUUCUUGAUGUCAGGAAGAAGGUGACAGCCCCACAUCUUUCACCAUUUAAAGGAGGUCAGAAUGGCAGCUCCAGUUAACUUUUACAUUAAUGCAUACCCUAGAUAUGCAGCAAAGAUAUGCAGCAAUAUCGGGUUGUAUGAACCGUCUGCAUGAACAAACCAAUGGCAUGAGUAAAUACUUUCCUUUUUCCAUUUAUCUGGGGUAUGCACUAACAUGAAUGAGGCUGAUUUAAAGUGUUAACUGCUGUUGGGAUUUCCAUCAUGAAAAACAACAGUGGUAGUCAUAUGCUAUUAUAUUUAGAGAGUAUUUUGUAUACAAGCGCGUGUGUAAAAUGGCUGUUGGUUUUACAGGUGUGCCUUCGGUCUGGCUGUUCAAGGCAGUCAUAUAGCAGGGCUAUCUUUAAUUUCUCAGGAUAAUAGAAGUGACUGUACAGUCCCAGCACAGAACACAAGAAAGAGCUACUGCAUUCUGUUUCAGUGUAAUAAUAGUUGAUUGGAUAAACCUCUUGUCCAAUCAUUUUUUAGCUUCACUGUAAAUAAGUCUGGCUGAAAUAUGUAACACAAUGCUUAAUGGCCUUAGAAAUCAAGGAUAUGCAUAGUAACAAAGCAUGGCUGUAUCAUAUUAUAUACAAUGAAACUAAAUACCCCAUUUUUUAGGUGCUCCCCCAACUUCAAAGGUUUUUUUUAAAUUAGGAAAUUGCACUUAGGUACUAUUGUGAAGAAAAUGUUGCUACUUUAAAAACAUGCUAAUAAAAUCAAUUGCAUUCAGUAGCAAUUGAUAAUGAAAACAAAUAUAGGUGACAUUUUAGGAACAUAUUUCUGUGGUUUCUGGUACAGUUACUAUAUGAAUCAGGAUCCCAGAACUCACCAAUCCCAUUGUCCUCCAUUGCUCCUUGGAUGUAUUAGAGCAGUGGUUCUCAAGCCUAUCCUCAAGUACCCCCAAUAGGCCAUGUUUGCAGGUUUUCCUUAAUCUUGC